CCACCCCCUCACCAACCCACAAUGCCGCUCAUCAAAUCGCUCGCGACCUUCACCGCCGCAUCCGCCGCCUUCGUCGGCGCCAGCUGGAAGCUGUACACCAAAGAUUCGCGCUUCGUGCCGUACGGCCUCAGCUCGCCCGAUUUCCAAAGCGCGCUGUGGCGGGCGCGCAACCCGGCCGCGAACCCGCCCGCGUGCGUCGACCACUGCGAGCGCCGCGUCCCGCUGGCCCAGCUGCAGACGACUGACCAGAACGAGCUGACGCGCCGCUUCUGCGCCGGCGUCUGGAGCGGCCCGGGGUUCCGCAUCCAGCGUCGCAUGCUCGAGAAGGAGGGCCGCCAUUUGCCCGGCCGUGACGCCGAUCUCUGGGAGAAGGACCAGUUUGAGAACAGCGAUUAUGCCCUCGGCACUAAGGUUGCCGACCACUUUGAGGUCGUCGAGCGCUCGCCGAGCAAGGUGACCGUACGAUGCGGCGACACGCCCGCGAACGCGGAUUUCCGGCCCUCGGACGGCAUCUUCACGAUGGAGGUGACCAAGGACGCGACGCACGCGACGUUCCACAUGAAGAGCUUCUUCUUCAACUCGACGCCCGAGGGCUCCGUCGCCGGCCAGCUGCCCUGGUGGUUCGAGUUCCUGCACCGCGAGUACGCCAAGCUGUGGAUGGAGACGAGCGUGCGCAAGCUCAUGAAGUAG